AUGGCUGGUUUAGUUCUUGCGAGAGUUCCAACCGAAUUCCCUAUGAACGAGAUUUAUCAUAAUGUCACAGUUUAUUCCAAAAGAAAAUCAAAUCGAAUGAGGAAUACAACGAUAAUGAAUUUGGAACAGGCACACUUUAUAUUACUACAGAUAUGGAUUAAAAAUGACGAAGAAAACGGUUUCGAUUUCUAUUUGAGUGAUAUUAGCCAGAUAUCAUAUGAGAACGAUGUUAUUUUCAUGCUAUUGUCAAGCGAAGAUUGCUCCUAUAUGAUCAGGAUGAUGCUUCACGUUAAGGCAAAGACAGCAUACAAAACAUUGAAAAACGGUAUUAAAUUAGCAAAAAAUCCAGUAGUGGAAGAAUUUCCUGUUUUGGAGUUACCUGAAGGAAUCUCACCUACAGCAGAAAAUAUCAAAUUUGAUAGAAAAGAGCGAUUACUUAAAUUGUGGGAAUUAUACCCAUAA